UAACAUAAAGCUCCACAUGGCCUCCCCUCGGCAGCACAUGCAGCCUCUUCUUUCUGCAGCAGCUUCAGUAGAGGGAGGCACGCGGAAAUCAGAGCAGGAUGGUGCUCUUACACGUGCUGUUUGAGCAUGCGUCAGGCUAUGCCCUGUUCGCCGUCAAAGAAGUUGAAGAGAUCGGCAUGCUUUUACCUCAGGUGGAGGAAAGUGUUUUGAAUAUUGGGAAAUUCAACACUGUUGUAAAACUGGCAGCUUUUUUCCCCUUUAAAUCUGCACAGGCUGCACUUGAGAACAUAAAUGCCAUUUCAGAAGGAGUCGUCCAUGCAGACCUUAAACUGUUUUUGGAAACAAACCUGCCUUCUGGAGGCAAGAAGAAGGCUAUGCUUGGUGUGGCCGAUGGCAAGAUUGGAGCAGCACUGCAAGAAGAGUUGGGCCUGUCCAUUCAGACUGGAGGAGUGGUGGCAGAAAUUAUCAGAGGUGUGCGUCUGCAUUUUCACUCCCUGGUGAAGGGUCUGACUGCACAGGCUGCCUCUAAAGCCCAGCUCGGUCUGGGUCACAGUUACUCCAGGGCCAAGGUCAAAUUCAACGUGAACAGAGCUGAUAACAUGAUCAUCCAGUCCAUCGCCCUCCUGGAUCAGCUGGACAAGGACAUCAACACGUUCUCCAUGCGUGUGCGUGAGUGGUAUGGCUACCACUUCCCAGAGCUGAUUAAAAUAGUCAGCGAUAAUGCGACAUACUGCAGGCUGGCCAAGCUGAUCGGGAACCGAAAGGAGCUGAGUGAGGAAAGCCUGGAGUCUCUGGAGGAGGUCACUAUGGAUGGCGCUAAAGCACAGGCCAUUCUUGAGGCGUCUCGAAGCUCCAUGGGUAUGGACAUCUCUCCCAUUGAUCUGAUCAACAUCGAGAGCUUCUCCAGCAGGGUUGUGUCCCUCAGUGCGUACAGGCAGGAGCUGCAGGAGUACCUACGCUCCAAGAUGGGCCAGGUGGCCCCCAAUCUAGCUGCACUUAUUGGAGAAGUGGUUGGCGCUCGUCUCAUCUCCCACGCUGGCAGCUUGACCAACCUGGCCAAAUACCCGGCCUCCACGGUGCAGAUCCUGGGAGCGGAGAAGGCCCUGUUCAGGGCACUGAAGACCAGGGGAAACACACCGAAGUAUGGCCUCAUCUUCCAUUCCACCUUCAUCGGCCGAGCGGCUGCCAAGAACAAGGGUCGCAUCUCGCGUUACCUCGCAAACAAGUGCACCAUCGCCUCUCGGAUUGACUGCUUCUCCGAGCUUCCUACCAGUGUGUUUGGAGAUAAACUGCGUGACCAGGUGGAGGAGCGCUUGUCCUUCUACGAGACGGGCGAGACGCCCAGAAAGAACCUGGACGUCAUGAAAGAAGCCGUAGCAGAGGCAACUGAGGUGGCAGCAGAGAUGAAGCGCAAACUUGAAAAGAAGGAGAAAAAGAAAAAGAAGCGCGAGAAGAGAAGACUGGAAGCUCUGUCCACGGCUGAGGGAGAAGAGGAGGAGGAAGAGGAGAAAGUUGAGGUCAAGAAGAUGAAAUCUAAUGGAGAUAUUGAAGCCCAGGAGAACGGUGAAGCUGAGGUGACUUCUGUGAAGAAGAAAAAGAAAAAGAAGGCAGCGGCUGAGGAGGAAGAAGGGGCCGCAACAAACGGUGUGGAGGAGGCAACUCCCGCAAAAAAGAAAAAGAGGAAGUCUGAGGCAGUGGAGCCUGAACCUGAGGUGAAAGAAGAGGAGGAGGCUGAACAGACGGAAAAGAAAAAGAAGAAAAAGAAAAAGAAGGCUGAAGAUGAAUGAAUAACUAUCCGUCCUUCAAUCCUGAACUUUUUUUAGUGCUGUAAAUAUUUUCUGUUUUUCAUUUUGUUGGACUCAGAAUGUUCUGAGGAGUCUGAGUGAUGUAUGGAAAGAGUGUGUGAUGGAAGCUUUGGCUUCUGUGUCCAGAAUUAAGCAUUUAUCUUAUGUAAAAUGUGAAACUGCUUUUUUUUUUUUUUUUUUUUUUUUUGCCCCUUUCCCCAAUGUAGAUUAUCUAAAGACUGGACACCUAUGAUUUAUAAUACUGUUAACUCUACUGUGUGCCUUGAGUUCAAAUUAAACAAUCUGCCUGUUCGAUAUCAAUGAUCAGAUUUUUGAUAUAAAUGUUCCAACCAUCUGGGCUGAUAAAUAAAUACUCAUAAUAAAGCUAGUGUUCAUCAUUAUGCGUUUCUGAAACUGUAUAAAUUUGAUUUACGUGCUGAAAGAGUUGGACCCUGUUUACACCUGAUCACGUCAUGUGCCCUGUAUCAUCUGGACUGUGAUUACACAAUUGCACAGUUGAGUAAAUUAAGUCUACUGUGGUUAGUUAGACCUGAACUCCAAAUGCUAUGUGAGCAUGGCAUUUAAUGAGCAGUACAAAUCAUUAGCUGUAAUGGGAGGUUUGUGUGACAAGGUUUUUUUUUUUUUUUUUUUUUGAGAGAAAAAGGCUGUAUUCAGGCCCAAAUCCAGUGUUUGUUUAGUUGUGAAUAAAUCCAGAAUGGACUUUAAAUAGUCUGGUCAGCAAAAAAUAAAAAUAAAAAAGAUCUGAUUUUGUAGGUGGUCUUUAGGUGUCUAAAGGAUACUAAAAAUGUCUGGUCACAGUAUGUUUCACAACCACAUCAAAUCCAAAGUGCUUCCUAUGCUGUUUCCAGAGCAGCUUAUGUUGAUUAGAUUUGUGAUGUCCAAAUGUGAAUCUGGUCUCUUUCAUAUAACAUUGGUGGACAUUGGUCAUCCCAACAUGUCCGAUGUGAAUCUGAUUUUUGCCUGACCAGGUGUAAACAGGGUCCUGCAUGUUGUUUUAGCAACUUUUGCUAUAUAAUCUGGCUUAAUUCCAACAUUUAUAAUUGGAAAUGACUCCGUAUUUGGUGACUGAAGGUUAUUAUUCAUUGGUCACUUCAAAUGACUGACAGCUUGUGAUCUGUGUAAUAAUUUGCACAAGUAUAUAUAGGUGUUCUAAACUGUAAUUGCUAAAUACAUUUUUAAUAAAAUAUAUAAAAUAUUA